AUGCGAUGCAGGCCUUUGGUAUGGUCCCCGCGAUUACUCCUGCCUAGCGGAAAUGCUAGAUACCGCCCAUCGUCCACUUCCACGCGAGCUCCGCUCCGGACAUCCAACAAUGCACCCAAUGGCUUGAACGGUCUGAAGACAAAGGCCGCCCAGCAGGCGGCCCAGAAGGGGCCUCAUCGCACUCUUACGGAGCAGGCAAUGCGGGAUCGAGAGGAUUUACUGCGAGAAUUUGGCCUGGAGGCAGUUCCGGCCACUACCAGUCAAGGUGCAGGAGCGCAAGUCGAUAAGAUGGGCCAACUUCAAAUAACGGAUGCAGACCUGAGCAAACGGCCUCAUAAGACUGCUCUUAUUCUCUAUAGAGCUCCGGCUUCUCUGACAGAGCGAGAUUUUCUACGCAUCCUAGCUCCGGGGAAACAUAUUCAGGGUUGGAAGAGUCAGGGAGGACUGGAACAGAUAAUUCCAGCUCGAAACCCAAAGACGUUGGACCGAAUGAAUGGUUGGAUCCUUCUGUUCUCGAACCCUGCUGCGGCCGCUGUAUACCAGGAGAAGGUACACAAGCUGCGCGAGCUACUUCGAGACAAAACCCCUUUCUAUCCGGCGUCGAGCAUCGACCUUCCGUCUAACUACGAAAUACCUGGCUCAAUGGGCUUUACUUUGCAAGACUAUACACUCACUGCACCCUGGCAGUUCCCUUUGCUUACUGCUGAAUUCUUCCCAUUCAGUAAAUGGGUGGGUUCGUGCAUUAGAACCCAAGAAUCAAUAACUGGCAUCGCUCCGAAAGACGAACAAUCCCCUGAAACCUCGGUGCCUGUGCCAUCCUUGUCGAGCGUAUCUGGAUACCCAGUCCGAAUGUGCAUUUCGCGCGAUUCAUUCCUCGGCCUGACAAAAAAGUCUCUCAUCAAUUUUCUUUACUGGGACGGGGAAAGGCGAUCAGUUCCCUGGGAUCUUAUCGAGGGCUGGGAUAAAGUGACCUUCCUGACCAACGGGAAGGAGGACGGAGGGACUCCUCUAGGUGAGAAGGCCCAUUCGAAGCCCAAAUUCGGAGAAUACGACGUAAGCAACUGGAGGAUAAUGUUCAAGUCCGCAUCUGAUGCUAGGAGAUUUGUGAGGGUAUGGCAUAUGAAAGAAUUCCCACCAGCCGAAGAUGAGGCUUACUGUGAUCCACCACCGCUGGUCAAGGCUGAAGCUCUCUUCUGGGAUGAUAGUUUUUGA